UUUUCCCAAAUAUGUAUGGGUGAUUGCAGCUCCGUUUGGAGACUUCUAUCAUCAAAACGCAAUGUCCGAGAACCAAAUCUUGAUGUAAAACUGAUUACCCACGAUCGUGAGCAGGUGGUGGUGAAUAAUGGCAUCGUGCGAGUCAUUUUGUCGAGGCCUGACGGUCAUGUCCUGGGAAUACAGUACAAUGGAAUAGAUAAUUUACUUGACAGAGAAAAUGAAGAAUAUGAUAGAGGGUAUUUGGAUGUUGUAUGGAACGAACCAGGAAAAGAUGGUGUCUUUGAGAGAAUAAGAGGAACAAUAUUUAGAGUUAUAACUGCGAACAAAGACCAAGUAGAACUUUCAUUUACAUCCACAUGGAAAAGUUCGCUCCGUGAAAAAGUUCCUUUCAUUAUAGACAAAAGGUACAUAUUCCGGCGUAAAGUUUCGGGAUAUUAUUUCUACGCAAUAUUUGAGCGCCUUGAAGGGUGGCCUAAGGUUGAAGUGGAUCAAAUUAGGAUUGUUUACAAGCUCCAUCAAGACAAAUUUCGGUUCAUGGCGAUAUCCGACAGUAUGCAAAGGAUCAUGCCAUCGGCGGAAGACCGCGCCAAGGGUGAGCCCCUCGCUUACCCUGAAGCUGUUCUUUUGACCAAUACAAGCAAUCCUAAAUUAAGAGGAGAGGUGGAUGACAAGUACCAGUACUCGGUGGAGAACAAAGACAAUAAGGUUCAGGGGUGGAUAUGCGAAGAUGACCCAGCCGUGGGAUUCUGGAUGAUCACACCCAGCAAUGAGUUUCGUACAUCGGGUCCCAACAAGCAAGACCUCACUUCCCAUGUGGGUCCCACUAACCUCAAUAUGUUCGUUAGUACUCACUAUGCUGGGAAGGAAGUAGGGAUGAAAUUUGCAGAGGGUGAGCCAUGGAAAAAGGUUUUUGGUCCUUCAUUUAUAUAUCUUAACAAGGUUUCCAAAGGAGAAGAUCCCCUUGAGCUUUGGUCAGAUGCUAAAUUGAAGAUGCUUACUGAAGUCAAUAGCUGGCCAUACAAUUUCACCCAAUCGAAAGAUUAUCCUACUUCUCAUCAACGUGGAAGUGUUGCAGGUCAAUUGCUAGUCCGUGAUAGGUACAUUAACGAGAGACUAAUGUGGGCACAAUUUGCUUAUAUUGGUUUGGCCGCUCCUGGAGAGAAGGGAUCUUGGCAAAGAGAAAGCAAGGGUUAUCAAUUUUGGACCCAAGCCGACAAGGAGGGCUAUUUCGAAAUUAAAAAUGUUCAUCCUGGGGACUAUAAUUUAUAUGCAUGGGUCCCUGGCUUCAUAGGGGAUUACAAAGCUGCUACCACGAUUACUAUUACGGCAGGUGGGAAGGUACAAUUGGGAACCCUUAGAUAUGGGCCUCCAAGGCAAGGUCCUACCCUGUGGGAAAUUGGCAUCCCUGACCGCACCGCGGCUGAGUUCUAUGUACCAAACCCAUAUGCAACACUCCUGAACACCUUGUACACCACCACAACAUCUAGCAAUUUUAGGCAAUAUGGCUUAUGGGAAAGGUAUUCAGAUAUAUACCGUAAUCAGGAUCUUAUCUACACUGUAAAUGUCAGUGAUUAUAGUAAAGAUUGGUUCUACGCUCAUGUUAACAGGCGUACAAAUAAUCGGACAUACGAAGCAACUACGUGGCAGAUUCAUUUUGAACUUGAAACUAUGUACAACAAUGUUGGAAACUACACACUCCGGUUGGCCUUGGCUUCAGCCACCAACGCUGAAUUGCAGGUUCGGUUCAACGAUGCCACAACCUAUCCUCCUCACUUUUCAACAGGGGUUAUAGGCGGGGACAACGCCAUCGCGAGGCAUGGAAUUCAUGGGCUAUAUUGGUUGUACAACAUUGAUGUAGCAAGCAAUCUACUCCAAGAAGGAAAGAACAUAAUCUUUCUCAGACAGUCAAGGAGCACGAGUCAAUUUCAAGGAGUCAUGUAUGACUACCUUCGUCUAGAAGGGCCUCCUGAAAAUUGAUCGUGUAGAAGAUGUCACAUAUUGAUUUCUCUCUAGGAAAAAUACCUUGAUGCAUAUACAAGUACCAUGUAGAAAAGUAGCCAUGAGAAGUAUAGUAUAUAAAGCCUUUAGGCAGAGAAUCAACCACGACAAUUUAGUUCAAAAGGGAAAUGAAAUUUUGUUGUUAUUACCAAACCCACCUCAUUCAGAUAUGUUCCUUCUUGUAUGUCAUUGAAACCCCAACUCCCUUACAAAUCUCUAGGAGAUUAUUGUAACAAUAUCAGCGAGGAGAUUAUUGUAACCUGUUGUACAACAUUGCUCAAAAUAAUACAAAUAAUAAACUUGAUUCUUUGUAUACAA